AUGGCCGUACAAAGGCUAGUGGCGGCGGCGGUGGCAGUAGCCCUGCUGUCCCUGGUCCUAAACAAUGUUGCAGCUUUCACUCCCAGCUGGGUCCUGCAAGCCCUGGAGGAUGGACGCAAGCGGAGUGUGGGGCUGUGGAGGAUGUGCCCCACUGGUGGGGAGAGGGGCCGUGAUGACCUGCAGGCUGGACGAAAAGGACAGGGGACACAGAGACAGUGCGAGGGGCUGGGAUGGGGGUCGGAAUAUGCAGGCUACCAAGAAUCCCGCAGCACUGUCAGAUUGCAGUUUGACAUGAUGCGAGCCUGUAACCUGAUGGCGACGAUGGCCCUGACUGCUGGUCAGCUGAUCUUCCUUCUAGGCCUGAUGGAGUUGCCCUUCAUCACGCAGGAAUCACAGUGGUGGGAGGAGGCCAUCGCUGCACUCUUCCAGCUAGCCAGUUUUGUGCUGGUGAUUGGGCUCGUGACCUUCUAUAGGAUCGGACCCUACACACACCUGUCCUACUCCUGUUAUAUAGACAUAGCUGCUUGUCUGCUGGCCACAUUGGCUGCAGCCAUGCUCAUAUGGAACAUUUUACACCGCCGCGAUGACUGUCUCGCUCCUCGGGUCAUAAUCAUCAGUCGCCCCCUGGCAUCACCUUUCCAUCCACGUCUGGACAAUGACUAUGUGGAGUCGCCUUGUUGAGCUUUAUAAUCCACUUCAGAGGAACAUACUACACUGACGAGACUACGCUCCAACGGUGUUAAUUCAGCGAGACGCCAACAGUUGGACUCUUUAAACAAGGCAGCAUUCCUGUGGUUCUACAGUAGCUGGACUAACAAACAUAAAUGCACAUAUAAAAUUCUAUAUUUCAUAACUCUUCUCAUCAUAAACAAAGAUACAGGAUUAUAUUGCUGCUCAGUGCACAUAUGUUUAGUUGUAAUAUGUAUCAAAGAGUCCAAAACAAAACAUAUUUAAUUGUGAUGUUUCAGUUAUUCCAUUUUGUGCAGUGAAUUAGAAGCAAAAUAUGCAAUUUAGACAAUGACCAAAGUGUAUCAUCUUGUUUAGGAAAAGAUCAAGCUGGAACUUGACCUGUUUGGGCAUUUGUGCACUUAUUAGAUGGCAAUCUAUAUUAUAAUAUAUAUACUAUAUAUACAUAUACAGUAUUAUAUUGCAAGUACUUGGAUAAUGAUUGUAGAAUUAACACUGAUGGUAAAUAAAUGGAUUCAAGUUUUAAAUGCUGAUAGAAAAUUAAUGGAUUUUCUUUAUAAAAGAUAUAAAUUAGUAAUGCAGUACAUAUAAAUAAUACCAUAAUACCUCACACUUGUUUUUAUUUUUAAAGCUUAUUAAAAUUUUAUUCAUUUAAAUAUUAACAUAGGUAGAUUAUGAUACAAAAAACAGAGGAGACUGUUCUUCUUUUAUUAGUUUUGAUUCAGCUUGUCUUGAUUGAAUUCAUUUGGAAAAAGAUCAAAUAUAUGACAUGAGGAAGUACCGUUACUCUGUGUCAUUACCUCAAAUAUAUUUCCUCUGUAAAAAGAAAAAAACUGACCUACACAUUAAUGUACAAUAACUCAUUUGAACUUUGACACAGUUUUACUCAGAUGUGAUGUACUGCGUUUUGAAGUGUACACAUUUCAGUGCCUAACCUAAUUUUCUGUGAUGCUUCCCAUAUAAAACUUUGCCUGCUUGUGGUACAUACAGUAUAAUUAAAUUAAUAUAAUAUGGUCGUAUACAGACUACUGCUAUCAUUAGAAGUAGUAUUAUCAAUAUCAUAUUUCUGCAAAGAAUUCAAGACCGUUUGUGGCUCUUUCACUCUGUCAAACAUAGGGGCACAUUAAAAUAAUAAUAAAUCAUAUAAAUUCAAUAAAUUUAUUAUUAAGUAUUGA